UUAAACUCUAAUUUUUUUUCUUUUUUUUCACUAAAUUUUUAUAAACCUCGUUGAUAUCUGUAAUGUGCUUUACAUGACAAAAAUUUUCUAUUGUUUCGUUUAUUUAUAGAACAGUGCGUUUUCUUUGCCAAAGAAUAACAACAGGUAAAAGAAUGUUGCUAAAUAUUUUUCCAAAGUAAAUACAUCAAUUUUUGAGGAUCCAAAUGAGUGAAGAAAGUUUUGAAACUUUACUUGAUGUAAUGGAAAAGCACUUUGCGGCUUUAAAAAUUUUAGACGAUGAAGGUGAGAAUAAAUUGACGAGAGCAGCUAGUUUUUCUGAUCUACCAUCUGCAAGUAGGAAGAUAUUAAUUGAAGAAUACUAUCAAGGUCUGGGAUCACCUAAUUUAGUGAGACAAUACAGUUGCGAGCAGAUAGUUGAUAGAACUAACUGUGUCAGGCAAUUAAAAAUAUCCGAAAGAUUAUCAUCAGAUAAAAAUGAGCAUAGAAAAACCUGGGAAAAUACCAUUCCACGUAUCAAUAGUAAAUCAGAAUGUAUGGAUUGGAAUUCACUUGGACCUGUGUUCGAUGUACCUAAAACAAACAUGCAGCAGCAGAAUCAAAUAGAGUACAUGGAAGUAGAUAAAAUGGAUGUGUCGGAUCAUAAUAAUGAAAACAAUGAUACUGCCAAUUUGAUUAAUCCUGUAGAAGCAGAGUCACUGGAAACUAUGACUGAAAAAAUACAGAAUUCCAAUGCCAGUUCUGAGAAAAAAUCAUAUGAAGAAAUAAAGAAGAAAGUUCGUCCUCUUGCAUCGUCCAUUUCGAUGAAAGAUAAGAAUUCUUUGCACUUUUUCUAUAAAGUUACAUUUUUUAUAUUAGUACCAAUAAUUAUAUUUUUAAUAGCUAUUUUGUUAAAUCCAGAAAAAGAUGUAAAAUUUGUUUGCGAUCAUAAGUCACAUUUUUCCAACGCUAGUAUUGAAUUAGGAAAAAAAAUUUAUGGUCAAAAUAAAGUUAUAUCAUCUUUAAUUGAAUUUCUAGAAACAUACAAUACCUGCACAAGGCUCGCAGUACUUAUAGGAAGUACUGGAGUAGGAAAAUCUUAUACUAUUGACAUCAUAAGAAGAAAUUUUCCGAAUCAUAAUAAAAUUAUACAAUAUACUCCACCUUUAAAUAAGAUUGACGUAAACGAGAUCUCAUCCUAUUAUUGUAAUUUAAUUGUUCUAGAAAAUUUAAGAGAAAAUGAUAUUUCGGAUACUUUAAAACUUUCAAGUAACAUAUUGAAACUUAAGAAUACUUGUAUUACUGUAUUAGCGGCGAUUAACAUGGAGAAAAUGGAUCGCAAUUUAAAACGUACAAUCAAAUUAGAAGCAAAUAUUAAAAAUAUUACUGUUUUAUUUUCCAAAAUAGACUAUGAUGUAAACAUAUUUGGAUAUAAUCUUUUAAAUGAAGAAGCCUUGGAGAAAUGCAUAAUACAAGCGAUGGAAGAUAGUCAUCUAAAACUUAGAGAAGAUCAAAUAUUAGAAGUAAAAAAAAGUUUAUUGUUAUCUAAUAGCGGUUGUAAAGGCGCUUACGCAAAGGUUCAAAUUAUUGGUAGAGAAUAAUAUUUAAACAAUCUAUCAACUCAUAUCAUAUUAACAAGAUUAUCUUUUAAACAGCUAAAAAAGAAGACUAAUUAAAAAACAAAAUGUAAUGUGAUACUUCGUUAUUAUCUUCUACUAAAUUAAUAUUAUGUUGUUAUAAUUAAAAACUAUCAAGUUCCUUUCUUACAUUGUUUUUCACACUAAGUCUCAACUAGUUUUUAUAACAGACAAAUUCAUUAUAAAAAACAAACAUGAUAAGAAAUGUUGUGUCAGAAAGUCUAGCUUUUAUUUUUAUGUUGAAAGAAUGUUGUACGAAACCGUGUAUUUAAACAUUAUAUUUUAUACUUGCUGAUUAUAAUAAAAAAUAAAACAUUACCAAUUAUAAAU